ACGAAUUAUUCACUUUCUUCCAUUUGUUUCUGCAAACAUGCAGAAAACUUAUGGUUUUAUUGUCUGCCUCUUAAUUAUUAUUAUGGAUGUUACAGCCGGAAUUCUUGGAAUUCAAGCUGAAAUAGCUCAAAACAAGGUGAACCAUUUCAAAAUGUGGAUAUUUGAGUGCAAAGACCCAAGCUAUAAUGCUUUCAAGCUAGGUUUGGCUGCAGCGAUACUGCUUGGCCUUGCUCACGCCAUUGCCAAUCUGGCUGGUGGUUGGAUUUUUGUUCGAUCUGCCCGAGAAUACAAAGGAUUAACCGCUAACAAGCAACUUGCUGUGGGUUCACUCGUCUUUGCAUGGAUUGCGCUAGUUGUUGGAUUCUCCCUGCUUAUCUCCGGGGCAAUGUAUAACACAAGGUCGAGAAAAUCAUGCGGGCUUGCUCACAAUCAACUUUUGUCUAUAGGGGGGAUUGUGUGCUUCGUGCACGGCCUGUUUGCAGUUGCGUAUUAUGUUUCUGCCACAGCAGAGCACAGGGAGGAGACGAAGCCACCACCACAAGGGAAUCCUGCCGCAGCUAGAGGCCAAGUUUAGCUCUUUGAUUGUGUUCUCCUAAAAAAUGCAAUCAAUGAACUUCUUUUUCUUUUUCAGUUCUUCAGCUGUUUUCAACUUCUGCAUGUUACGUCAAUUGGUAGCUAGAACUCUCAAAUUCUGAAAAUUGUUCUCAUCUUGCCAAUAUAAAAUGAUAUUCCUCCUGUUCGGAGUUAGUAAACUA